AUGAGUAGUUUAAGUGUCCCGCCCCCCGCAGAAGGGAGACAAACAACGAUUUUCGAUACUAUUAAAGGUUUUACCAAGGAUAAUUUAUCACAUGAAGUUCGUAGGAAUCUUUCUAAAUUGGACCCUAGGUUACCAGAGGACUUGAAGAACAUUACUCUCUACUUGAAGGAAGAGAAAAAUGUUUUGACGAGUUUACAAAAUGCUGCAAAUGAAAGGAAAGAAGCGAGUAAAUAUAUAUAUAUAUGGGGACGAGAAAGUGGUGAGGACAUUGCAGAUAUUACCGAAAGAUUAGCUGAUUUAUUAACAAAAAUUUCAGACGUUGAGACCGUAUUGACCGAAAAAUAUGAGCAUUAUAGAAAUAUUAUUAAAGAAAUUCGUAAAUCUGAAGAACGCCUUAUCGUUCAUAAAGAAAAAAAACGAAAGAUUAACGAUGAAAUAACAAAAAUAAUGAAAUCGCAUCCAAAAUCACCUAGAAUUGCAGAACUUGAAGCUGAUCUUAAAAUGGUUAAUCAUGACGCUUUGGUUGAUGAAAAUGAUGUUGCAAACAUUAAAAGAAGAUUAUUUAAAGAAGCGAUAGCAGUUCAUUUAAACGCUACAUUUGAAGCGGCGGAAAAAACUGCCAUUAUUUCUGGUUUUGGUUGGGAUCUUGUUGAACAAAUUGAUGCAACUCCUACUAGGCCUGGUGAACAAAAGUUACCAUACAAAGGUUCUGAGAUAACUCAACAAACGAUUAAAGAUUGUCAGCUUGCUUUACAUCGUUGGCAACCAUCCUCUUCAGAAAUUCGACCUCUUUUACCAACUUUAACCAACACCGCUCCAGCACAAUUAGCUGCUCAAAAAACGGAAUAUGAAGCAAAAGUUAGUCAACUUACUACCACCAUGACUGCUUUGAAGGAUGAACAUGAAGUUCAAGUGACCGGAUUUGCUACAAGUUUAGAGAAUCAAAAACGAGAAUACGAAGCACAAAUUUCUGAGCUGACUUCUGCUUUAGCCGCACAAAAGGAGGGGUAUGAAGCACAACUCAACGAUUUAUCUGCUACAUUACAGACAGAAAAGGCGACAGCCGAGCAAAAAAGUGCUGAUGCGGCAUCAGCUCUUGAAUCUCAGAAACAAGAAUUUAAUACCAAAAUUAAUGAGAUUUCUGCAGAAUUAGGAGCUUCAAAGAAUAAAUAUGAGGAACAAUUAAAACAGUAUAAUGCCUUAAUUUCUCAAAAACAAGAAUACGAAAUUGCGCUUAGAGAAAGAGAUUCGAUUAUUUCUAAACUUCAAGUUGAUGUUAAUGGUGUAGCAACAGAAAAAGGGAAAUUGUCUCAAGUGAUAAAGGAGUUGGAAGAAACCCUUAAAUCUAACUCUACAACGAUUGACCAAAAAGAAGAUAAGAUAGGUAAAUUAGAAGAUGACAUUUCUAGUAUAAAGGAUCAGCUUGCAGGAUUAAAAAUAUCACCGGCAAUCACAACAAACCUUUCAAAUCCUACAUCUUCCACCCGUAACAUUGUGGGACACGUGCCAGUUUUAUCAGAAGGCAGUGCUAUUAGUGAAGAACCUCCUAGUACCACUUCUUCAAAUGCUACUACAGAGUUAAAUGGACCUGGACCUGCUACACCACAUGUUCCUCCACAAUUUGGUGGAUUCGGACCUCCACCUCCACCUCAAGCUCAACAAGGGUAUUAUGGUCAACAAUAUUAUCAACAACCUUUCUAUCAACCUCAACAGUCAUUUUAUGGACCAGCUCAACAAGGUCAAAAUCCAUAUGGUGGUUUUCAACAACCUCCUCCGCCAGGUCAAGCCGCUCCUGCUCCUUCACCGCAACCACCAGGUGGUUUUGUUGGUGGCUUCUUCCUUGGACAACCUGACGAUGCGCCACCAGCUUACGAUGGACCGCCAAAAGAAGCCAAAGAUGUACCACCAACGUUUCUAAAACGUAUCACGAAUGGAUUUAAUACGUUUAAAUCAUCGAUAUUCAGAGAAAGGGAAUUUACAAUAGAUGACAAGUUUAAAAAAAGUGGAGUGGGGACAACAUGGAAUGAAGCGAUAGCGGAAGCGGAAAAAAUAAUUCAAGUUGGAGGAGGCACAAAAGAUAUCGAUCCAUUUAAACUUUUAGGUAGAGAUUUAUCGGAUUUAACGAAAAACAUCAAGAGGCUUUUAGGAAGUGGACAUCCAUUAUUAGACACUGUUAGUAAAUAUUAUUUCUCUUCCGAAGGAAAACGCAUUAGACCUUUAAUCGUAUUAUUAAUGUCACAAGCAACAAGCAUAGCUCCAAAACAGCAUAAUCCCGCACCUAUAGACUAUUCUUCAAUAAUAGACGAGUCAUUAUCACCAUUAACAUCAUCAAUACUUCCAACCCAAAGAAGGUUGGCAGAGAUUACAGAAAUCAUUCAUACGGCAACAUUAUUACAUGAUGAUGUGAUUGAUGAAUCCGAAACCAGACGUAACAAUCCUUCAGCCAACAUAAGUUUUGGUAAUAAGAUGUCAAUACUCGCAGGAGAUUUCUUGUUAGCUAGAGCAUCAGUCGCGUUGGCUCGCUUACGUAAUCCCGAAGUCAUUGAGUUGGUAGCCACCGUUAUUGCCAACCUGGUUGAAGGCGAAUUCAUGCAACUUAAAGAUAUCCAAACAUCCAAGAAAACUUCUUCGAACACGACCAUGACACCUUUUGAAUAUUACAUGGAGAAAACCUACAUGAAAACCGCUAGUUUAAUCGCAAAGAGUUGUUGCGGUGCUUCGGUAUUAGGUGGAUCUACUCGAGAAGUAUCUGAAAUAGCCUAUAAUUAUGGUAAAAAUAUAGGUUUGGCUUUUCAAUUAAUUGAUGAUAUGUUGGACUUUGUUGUUAGUGAAAAAGAGUUGGGUAAGCCUGUUGGUGCAGAUCUAAAGUUGGGUUUGGCCACUGCACCCGUAUUAUAUGCGUGGGAGAAAUAUUCUGAAUUGGGUCCACUAAUAAAACGUAAAUUUUCUAAAAAUGGAGACGUGGAAAAGGCACGUGAAUUAGUUUAUCAAAGCAAUGGAAUCGAGCAAACAAAAUUAUUGGCCGUUUCACAUUGUCAAAAGGCUAUUGGCGCCAUUCUAAAAUUACCCGAAUCCGAUGCUCGUAAUGCUUUAAUUAGAUUAUCAGAUAAAGUAGUGACGAGAAAAAAAUGA